AUGGCGCCGUCCGACGGUCCCGGCGGCGACCCGGCGGCGGGGGAGGGCGUCACCCGCUCCGACCACCGCGCGCGCCCGUCCAUGCGCGACAGGCCCGCCGCGGCGGGCGAGUGCGAGGCCGACGGCGUCGCGGAGGAGGCCGCGGCGAGGCGCGGCUGCUACCCCAACCCAGCUCCCCGCGGCUGCUACCCCAACCCCGCUCCCCGCGGCUGCUACCCCAACCCAGCUCCCCGCGGCAAGCAGGUCGUGGUGGAGGAGACGAGCGGCAAGGGCGCGCCCGCCGAUGGCGUCCAGGACGUCGUCCAGAGGCUCGGGCUCUGCCGCCACCCCGCUCGCCGACGCCCUCUACAGUUCGGCGAGGGCACCUCCGCAGCCGGCGCCGAGGAGGCCGUGCGGACGUGCUCGCAGAUCGGCCCCGCGGCGUCCUGCGCCCCGGUGGCUAGUGGAGGGAGAGGAGGCGGAGGGGGUCGCGGUGACAGGGGCGUGUACAUCGACGGCUGCACCUCAAGGCCGCAGGCUUCCAAGCUCGCGCCAACAAGCGAUCCCGCGCCCAAGGGGCAAGCCAGAUCUGAGAUAGAAUGGAUGGAAGACGGCUAUCUUGCUAAAAUUGUUCAUGCUGAUUGUGCCAACGUGAUUAAAGUUGGUCAGGUAAUUUGUUGGAUUCUGGAAGAAGAAGGUGACAUCGAUAAGUGCAAAGGUUACAAACCGUCGGCUGCACAUGUAUCAAAGGCUACGCGAGAACCUCCCAAGCCUAACAAUGAGGUCCAACUGUCAAGUGUAAAAGGCACCGGUCCUGACGGUGGUAUUCUCAAGGCAGACAUUGAAGAUUACUUGGAUGCGCCUGCAGCUCCUUCAGAAUCAAAGGCUGCACAAGAACCUGCAGAGCCAAAAGUGGAGGAGAAAGUACCUGCCAAGGAUAACAAUGUGUCCCUAGGAGGAGUAAACGGAAACUCCACCUGUAGCAGAACACUCAUCAACCGUGUCCCAAGUGCUGUUCCUGGCAUCAAUAGUUCAUUGCCAUGUGGGCGGGUAGCUUCAGCAAGCUCUUUCUCAAGUUGUGCAGCUUCUGUAGCCAAGGGUGGCAAGAGCGAGUCUUUUGCAGCUUCAGGAUUAGAUUGCACUUAUAUUCCAAAUGCGCAGAUAAGAAAGGUUACUGCAGACCGUCUCUUAGCCUCUAAACAAACCAUCCCACAUUACUACUUGACAGUUGACACACCCGUCGACAAACUUAUCAAGUUGCGAGGGGAACUGAACCCACUGCAGGAAGCAUCUGGUGGAAAGAAGAUAUCUAAAGACCUUGUUAGAAAGGAUGCAGACAAGACAGGACUUCCUACAAUCGGUGAGGAGGUGAAGCAGUUGGCUCAAAGAGCGAGGGAUAACAGCUUAAAACCACAGGACUAUGAGGCAUUUAGUGAUUUUCCAGAUUUUUUCUGUAGUGAUAAGGGAGGCUACCCUGGGUCUAGUAAUGGAAAAUGCAAUUAUAUCUCGAAGAUGAAUUUUUAUCUCAGGGCUGGCUCCAUGAGUGAUGAUAUGAUGCUAGUUUCUGAUGGAGAGGAAUCAAGUAAUUAUUCUCUUCGAUUUGAAGAGUUAAAGGGUUUUAAGAAUUCCUCCAACAACUCAAAGGGCCUAGUGCAGAAGAUAGACAGCGACUAUUAUACUGAGGGAGUUUCUCAGGUGUUUCUACAUCUCUGUGGCACAACAAUUUCUCAUCAGGAAAAUCUGUACACUUCAAAUGUGAAUAUGUUAAUGAAGGCGGCAUGUGAUAAAGUGGGUGUAAAAUCCAAGGAUUUUUACUCAAUUUAUUGUGGAAAAGUGUUGGAUCCCGAGCAACUUCUAUCCUAUUAUCAAAUAAACAAGGAUUCAAAAAUCAUAAUUAACGCAAGACUCAGAGGUGGCUGUGCUGGGGACAAAACAUGGGAUGACAUUAUCAGAUCUCAGAAACAUUACACGAUGGUGUCAUUGCCACCUGAAGACCUAGUUCUCUUGCGCCGGGACGGCUCGGCCCAGCAAGGUCCAAUUCUGGUGAAGUACUUGGCAGCACCUAUGCAAUUUCGUUCCAGAAAUGUGCUUAUCCAACUGUGCCGCAAGCAUUAUAGUGGUACUUCCUAUGGAGGCAAGAUCACUUCCAAGAAUAUCUUAUUUGACCGAUAUGGGAAUGUCCGUAUUGAUUCUGCCCCUGAAACGUUUACUCAACAUUCGGCUAAAUUGGACUAUGAGGCAAUUGGUAAAAUAUUGGAUGAUUCGUUCCAAGGCAAGGUAUAUCCAAUGCAUUUCUACCAACUGGUCGACUUCCUAAGAUAUGGUCCUGCUGUGGACUGUCAAAGUGAGGCUGUGAUAGCAUUUGUGACAAAUCAUGUUUCAUUGCUUUCUCAUUACGUGAGGGUGUCAAUCAGUGAAAUUUUGGUUCAGCUGGUUGAACGACUUCAUCCAGAUGUGAGGACUGCCUUACUAAAUAUACUUGAUCAAUUUGCUUGGGCGAAUACCGUGAAGAAUGUUGCAGCAAUGAAGUAUACAUACUUUUAUCAUUCUCGGAACAAUCAAGAUGGGACAGUUUGGGUUCCGUAUGUGGACGAUGGGGUCAGUUUUCUGAAGUUCUCAAAUAACUUUUUCAAGCAUCAUAAGUGGACCUCUUUAGAGAAGCUUGAUGCAGCUUUUUCGUUGAUGGAGAAAAGGAACUUUAUACCUCGAUUCCUGUUAACCAUUCUUGUGACUUUGAAAGACUCAGAGAAUCAAUGUCCUGCACUAAUACAGUCUUUUAUUGACCAAGUGGUUGAGAUGCUGGGGAAUAACGUAAUUGACCUCCAGAGGGGUUGACCUGCGGGUGGCUGGGAGCCCGACUGCUGUUACCAAAGCCUGGUUGUGUUCUAACAUGGCCAUCUAACAUGAAGUGAAGAUGGCAUGAAGUGCUGUUGCCAUGUACUCCCUCUGUAAACUAAUAUAAGAGUGUUUAGAUCACUAUUUUAGUGUUCUAAAUGCUCUUAUAUUAGUUUACAGAGGGAGUAAUUGAUAUAUUAGGUGUUGGCUAUUGAGAAGUGCUGUUACCUUGUAAGCCUGCCGUUGUGAAGUGCUAUGAACAGUCUAACAUGAAGUGAAGAUGUAGGAAUACUUUGUAUUGGUCUUCUUGUGGCCAAAGAGUUAUUACUAGCGCGGACUGAGUGACAGUUUUGUCAGAUUGAUUGUAACUGUGGUUUUUGUUUCCUUUGCUAUGCUUUGUAUGAAAAAGGAAGGAUAUUGUACGUGUGCGUUGGAGUUCAUUUGUUGGGGAGAUCUACUUACAGUAGGUUUGUAUGUC